UUUGACUCUCCCCCUCCCCGUACACAAGCCCUCCUGUCCUUUUCUCCUCUUCAGGCUACUAGAUCCUGUCGACUUUCCACGAUUCUCUUCCUCAGCAUCCCCAGUCCACACGUGAUCCAGGAGCUCUGCGGGCCUCUGGGCCCUUACUUUGCAGAACACGUAGUGACUCCGAAGAUCAGCCCCAAUGAACAUGUCAGUGUUGACUUUACAAGAAUAUGAAUUUGAAAAGCAGUUCAACGAGAACGAAGCCAUUCAAUGGAUGCAGGAAAACUGGAAGAAAUCAUUCCUGUUUUCUGCCCUGUAUGCUGCCUUCAUAUUUGGUGGUCGGCACCUAAUGAACAAACGCGCAAAGUUUGAACUGAGGAAACCAUUAGUGCUCUGGUCUCUGACCCUUGCAGUCUUCAGUAUAUUCGGUGCUCUUCGAACUGGUGCUUAUAUGGUGUACAUUUUGAUGACCAAAGGCCUGAAGCAGUCCGUUUGUGACCAGGGUUUUUACAAUGGACCUGUCAGCAAAUUCUGGGCUUACGCAUUUGUGUUAAGCAAAGCACCCGAACUAGGGGACACGAUAUUCAUUAUUCUGAGGAAGCAGAAGCUGAUCUUCCUACACUGGUACCACCACAUCACUGUGCUCCUGUACUCUUGGUACUCCUACAAAGACAUGGUUGCCGGGGGUGGUUGGUUCAUGACUAUGAACUAUAUCGUGCACGCCGUGAUGUACUCUUACUAUGCCUUGCGGGCAGCCGGGUUCCGAGUCUCCCGGAAGUUUGCCAUGUUCAUCACCUUGUCCCAGAUCACCCAGAUGGUGAUAGGCUGUGUAAUUAACUACCUGGUCUUUUCCUGGAUGCAGCAGGAGCAGUGUCACUCUCACUUUCAGAACAUCUUCUGGUCUUCACUCAUGUACCUCAGCUACUUUGUGCUCUUCUGCCAUUUCUUCUUUGAGGCCUACAUCAGCAAAAUUAGGAAAACGAGAAAGGCUGAAUAGUGUUGGAACCAAGGAGGAAGCUGUAGCUCAGGGUCAUCAAGAAAAAUAAUAGACAAAUGAAAAUGGCACAAGGAAUCACAUAUGGUGCAGCUAAAACAAAACAUAACGAGCAAACACAAAACCCAAGGCAGCUUAGGGAUAAUUAGGUUGACUUAACCCAGUAAGUUUAUGAUCCUUUUUUUGGUGAGGACUCACUGAGUUCACCUCCAUCUUAAAGGACUGCUGCUGGAAGACCCUAUUCUCUCCUUCUCUGUGAACUCCAGGACAAAUGAGAACAAAAGUGAAUCUAAGAUAGGGAGAAAGAAAGAAAGGCAAACAAAGCUAUUAACGCUAUAUGAAAAAAUGCGUUUACUGAGUGUUAUAUUUCUCUAAAGCUGAAAGAAUUUAACUUAAAAAACUGUGCGAGCACACAUACACAAGCCUCUUUAAUGUUUGUAGACACUCAAGUGGAGCCAAUAGAAAAGAUAAAAAUGAAAGAGACACAGGGUAUGCAUCUAGAAAAAUUAUGCUUUUGCAAACAUUAAAGCCUUUUUUAAGAAAGGUUGGUAGAUGUAGCCCCCAUGAGAACAGAUGUCUCUAUCACCUCUUGUGAAAAUGGAUGUAAACAACUGUAUUUCAACUAAGAGAAAGACUGAUAUUUUUCCCCUUGCUGCACAGCCUCAAGCUAGUGAGUUUGCCAAAACCAAAAGGGGCACAAUACUUUUCCAAGGUUCUUCCUGGGCAGAUUGAAACACUGCAGACCAGUUCCCAAAGCAUUUCUGAUAGUUAAACUGCAAUUUAUACUCUUAAAUGAGAAAGGAAGCUUUAUCCUUUCUUCAGUUGCCCAGGCUUUGAACGGAAUGGUAAAGACAGAAUAGAAGAGAUGGAAACUCAACCAAAUGAUCUGCAAAUGAAUUCAGUACUGUCUGUAAAAACGUUCCAUUCCAUACCAUUUCUGAGCUGGGAGAGGGGAAUGGCAGUAGGAAAAAGAGGCAAGCUGAAGAUCAAUUCAGUAGACAAACAACACGUAUACCCCUCCCAUCUAACCUCAUGCAUACUCACAACUUUCCAAACGAAACCCCAUGGUACAGUCCUUAUUUUCUAUAUUUUUGUGAAUUUCAAAAAGAGAUCUGCAGGGAUCUUCUUGAUUUGGGGUGAACACUGUGUUUCUGCAUCAUCUGCAUUUGCUGCCCAAGCAAUGUAGAGGUGUUUAAAGUGCCCUCUGCUGGUCAAGUGGAGAUCCUUCAGCAAACACACUUCAUUCCCAGGCUGGCUGAGAACAGUUGACAGCAAAGGGCCCCUUAUAUGUAGACUUACCCCUCAAGUUUUAAAUGAUAUACAAUAGUGAUCAUAUUUUUUAUCAAAUCAGAAUGCAUCCCGCUUCAAGUCAGCUUCAGACAUUUUUUAAAAGGGACUUUUGCUCUGGAACUCAGAAAAUCAAUUUAUUAAGAGCCAUAUUCUUAAAAAAAAAAAAAGUUAGAUUAUCUGUAAUAUUUCAGUCCUUUACAAGCCAAAUAAAUGUGUAAACGCUUCUAGUAUUUUAAAGAAGCAAUUAUGUAAAGUUGUUCAAUGUGAUAUAAUAGUAUUCUAAUUGGUCAAGUAGUUUAAUGAUUAGACAAACUAGAUGAAAAGAUUAGGGGCUCCCCACACUGCAUAGAUUAUAGACACACAACCACACAUGCACACAGAUGUGGGGGGCACUGAAUUUCAAAGCCCAAAUGAAUAGAAACACAUUUUCCGGCUAGCAGAAAAAGAAACAGUUGUUUAUCUUUUUUGCUUUAUUUGAGAGUGUACAGUAAAAGGGAUUUUUCAGAUUAUUUUUAUAUUAUUUUAGCUUUAAUUGUGGUGUCAUUCAUGAAACAGAGCUGCUCUGCUUUUCUGUCGGAGAUGACAAGAGCUUUUCAGCAUCUAUGUGUGGAAUUUAAAAAGAAUAAAGUUUUAUUCCAUUCUGUGUGAAUGGUUUGGACAAUGAACAGAGAAUACACGCAAACCAAGUCGUGGAAAGUAGACAUGGGGGUUGUGGGAAGAAGGUGAAGGGGAGGGAAGCAAAACUGUUGCAUCUGUGCUAAAUUAUUGUGAACAGUUUAUAAUGUGUUGACAUUGGUUCAUAGAUGAGAAACAAUCGAUGGAGGAAUGUACUAUUACUAGGGCAAAAACUGACAUGAGCUGAAAAGAUAGGUCCUGCUAUAAGAACCAGCUAGUAGAUUCUUGGGAUGCAAAUAAUAUUGUUUUUGAACCUUGAGAAUACAUAAUACUGUGCAAUAAGCUUUUUUUUUCCUUAUAACAGAAAAUGAGCAGAGUAAUUAAAAUGAGGAAAAGGCAAAAUAACAACUGACUUGAGUUUAAUGGAGUAGUUAGAAGCUCACUUGGUUGAUUUAAUUUAAUUAUUUAAUUCAAUGAUUUGUCUAUGAUCUUUUAAUGAUGGUUAGAAUAUGGAAAUGAACAUAAACCUUAAGUAGAUUGCAAAUGAUGCUUCCAAAGCACUUUUAUCUUUAUAUUGGGUUCAUACUUUUGUUCAGUGUGAAACAAUUUAGAAUGGUUGUUGACAAGUUGAAUGUCUAAGAAAUAGUUCUUAAAUUAUGGUGACUAUAUCUAAGGCAUUUCCAAUGUUUAUCAUGGAAAGAAAAAAAGACAUUUAAAGAAUUAUUCUGGAAUUGCAGUUUCAGUACAAUACAUUUAACAUCUCAGCUUAACUGCUUAAUUAUAAUCAUAUAUGAGACUGGGUCACUAGCUCAUGGGAAAUGUAAAACCUACCUGAGAAUGGACUGCCACAUAGAUAGUUCUACUGUCAGUUAGCAUUCCAGUAAACUUAGGCAGGCAAGUUUUUAUAGCUGUCCCCCUAUGCUGCAAUAGAUUAUCUUUGUAUUCAAGAUUUUCCAUUGCAUUCCAAUCAAAGUAUGAUAGAACAUCAUUCCUGGAUAAAAACAAAUCCUUGAUUUCAUAUAUCUAUAUGUGCAAUUUCAUAUACUGGGUCUGAGCCUCAGCCAGGGUCCAUGAGUUUGCACUGGAAAACAUUCUGGUGAGAAAUACUCUAUUCUUCGAGCAAGGGGUGUUAUCUGGACCUUCUAGUUUGCAGCUACCACCUUACUUAUAUCCAAAGCCAGGUCUAAAAUAUCGAAUUGAAAUCAUGGGUUGAGGAUAUUAGUCCAGGUAAUUUUCUCCCAUCCUUUCUAAUCACUCUCCAUAUAAAAAUAAGGUGGUGGGGGUGGUGUGAAUGGAAAUAAUACUUACAUGCAUGUGCUAGUGAAGAAAGAAAGGACAGAUAAUAUCUCCACUUCUUCACCUCUCUUUACUAAGGUAGCUCUGGACUGGGUCAGAAACUUCAUUUGAGUGGGGUUUUUAUAGAAUUGAAUGUUAAGACAGUAGGAACCUAGGAGAGUAAUUCUAGGAAAGAGAUCCAUAGAAUUCUUUUAAAAAUCAGAUGUGGUAUCUUCAUGAUAACAUAAUGCCUGUUACAUCUCAGUAACAAAGUGACUUCAAUUACACAGUGGUAGAACAUGCCAGAAGUCUGGCCUCAUUCCCAGACUGCUGAAUUACCAGGGAGAAACAGCAUGGUCAGGUUAUGAUUUCUUCUUCAUUCUGAUAGAACUUAGAGACUCUGUGUGUGUUGCACAACUGAGAGAUCUACAACAAAAUUUGAGGGCUUUUCCCUACCAGUUUGGUUAAUGAUUCUUUCAGCUGUUGGAUGGGCCAUCUGCUGAUUCAGAACAGGUGUUAAGAGAGCAGUGAAGACCAAUUAGAUCUUGCCUCCAGAGUCCAGCACUUCAUGUUGCACCGGCAUGGCCCAUGUCUGUCUAUUUUAGACACUUAUUUCCCUGAAAGUUUCCAUCCUGAAAAUGUAGUUGUGUGGGAAUUUCGUGAUGAAAGCCAAAACUUUCCAGUAGUUGAAGAGAAAAUAACUUUUCUAAUCUUUUUUGUUUUUGAGAAUAAAUAUUUUAUUAUCAGUUUG